CGUAGACUAUUUUUCCAAAAGUCAUGUGAACGCAGCUUAGUCUACCACGUGACAGACAUCAGCUGAUCAGCAGGCGGAACCAAAUGAAAACAUGAUGGUGGUUGAACUGAACAGGCUGCCUGUCACAGACUGCCUAACACUUUGUCACAGGGUGGUUGAUGGACUGUGUGGGCGGGAGCCUCCUCGCCGGGGGGACUACAGCGCCACCUGGAGCCUGGAGGAGUGGCUGCAGCUGCUCGACUCCCUGACAGCCCUCUUCCGCCUGGCGGUGGGGAACAACAGCUCCGAUGAAGAGGUGCUGGCAGGGCUGGCGGGUGUGGGCAGCAGCCACGCUGAGGCGGUGCUGAGUGUGCUGAGAGCCAGACGGGAGGAGAUCCGCGACGCUCUGCUGGACAGAACCAACUCCAUCUCCUCUGCUACUCUGCAGGACUUUGACUGGCAACUUAAGUUAGCUCUGUCCAGCGAUAAGAUCUCGUCUCUCCACACUCCUCUGCUCAGCCUCAGUCUGGAUGUGAGGGAGAACAGAGCCCUCCGGUCUGUCACCAUGGAGAUGAACAGAGAGGAGCUAAACACACUCAUUAGUUCACUAGAGGCUGCUAAUAAGGUGGUGCUGCAGUUGAAAUGAUAGACCACAAAUCCCCCCCCCCCCCCCUUCCGACUACAGGAGAUCCAGUGGAUGUUAAAGAUACUCCCCACCAUGAUUUCAUGUGUUAGAGACACAAUGAUGCGAUAAUGAGUUCUGCCCUUUGUAAUUUACUUGUUUAUGAACAGUUGAACACCCUCACGUGAUGCUUUCACAGUGCACUGUGUUGUAUCAUGGACAUAUUGAAAUAAACUUCUCUUUGCCUUUUUGA